AUGUUGUCUUUUAUUUCCAUUUGGUUACUUUUAAUCAAUGUGAAAUGGUGUCAGCCCAUGUACUUCCUUCUACCAACCCAAGUUGCCCGAAGUUUGAACUUAAGAGAGGAAACAUUUUACCAGGAACCAAUUGAAGCCAUUCCAUCCAUCGAUGACCCCGCCAAGCUAUUUUCCCCCAAUGAAUUUUUCGGAGAAUUCAACAAGUUCAUCAGCGGCGUUCAACAGUUCGUGCAGCAUCCGCCGGCUUCACUGUACAGUGCGUUCAACCAACUGCAGAGCAAUGCCAAGAAGAACCACCAGAAACAGAAGCCCGUGAAAAACAAGGUGGUUCUUGACCCCUUUGGAAAUAUUUCAUUCAACCUGGGCUGGUCGGCCAACUUGCAGGUGGUCAAUAGCAUCGGUUUCACCAAGAACCGAAGUCUGGUCAAUUACAAUGCAUGGGCCAAUUAAGGGUUAACAAACCGCCUGGCUGAAUCAAUACCUAAAUGCUAACAUACUUCUGGGCUGGUGUGCGUGGCAUUAAAAUUUGAGUUAAACUGAAUUUUAUAUAAUGCAAAAUAAAUGUAAGCCCUUUGUAGGAAUCAGGUUGGUUCUGUUUGUGAUUUGCCGCAGAUUACGUAUACGCCACGGUGUCUAAUUUUAAACACAGCACGUUGCAUUGUCUAUGCGUUGUGUGUUGU